AUGUCGUCUCCAUUUCGAAUUGUUGAGCAUGUGGUGCCUACCCAGCAUAUCCGCGAGUACCCCGGUGCCAUUGCGGACGACCAAGAUCAACCCUUGGGCCUUGCCGUGAAACAAUAUAUUCCGCUAGACAAUCCCAAUCCUCAGCCAGGCGACGUGACAAUCCUUGCAGCCCACGCCAAUGGCUUCCCCAAGGAACUAUAUGAGCCUCUUUGGGAGGAGAUCCAUGCCCGCGCAAAGGAGACUGGAUUCCGCAUUCGCAGCAUCUGGAUGGCCGAUGUGGCGCAUCAAGGCGAGAGCGGCGUCGUCAACGAGGACCGUCUAGGAAAUGACCCAAGCUGGUUUGAUCACCCCCGCGACCUUCUCCACCUGGUCAACGUGAAGGCGGCUGAAAUGCCUCGGCCCAUCGUCGGAAUCGGCCACAGCUUCGGUGGCGCACACCUCACACAACUAAGCUUAAUGCACCCUCGUCUGCUACACACUCUAGUACUCCUGGACCCAGUAGUCCAGCCGCAUUCCACCCAACUUGACGGCUUCAGCCGCCAAGAGAACAAGCGCGUCAUCGCAAAGACAACCCAACUAUCAACCUACCGCAAAGAAAUCUGGCCCUCCCGCAAAGCAGCCGCAGAGGGUUUCCAGCGCAGUCCAUUCUACCAAGCGUGGGAUCCACGCGUCUUAGACCGCUGGGUCAAAUACGGACUCCGCGAACUUCCCACCGCCAUUCACCCCCUAGACAACAAGACCACUUUCGAUAAAGCUAACCCGCCCGUUACUCUGCGCACAACGCUUCACCAGGAGGUCUUCACUUUCUCGAGACCCAAUUACAACCAUAUUCCUGGUAGUGAUGUGCCCGUGAAUCGCGUCACGCACCCGGAUCUCGACGCUAACCAUCCAGACUCGCAUCCCUUCUAUAGACCCGAGCCUGCGCGUAUCUUCGCGCAGCUUCCGUUCCUGAGGCCUAGUGUCCUUUAUAUCUUUGCUGGGAAGUCAGAUAUGUGUUUGCCCAAGAUGCGGGCGGAUAAGCUUGCUAAUACGGGUACUGGGCUUGGGGGCAGUGGGGGUGUUGCGGCGGGACGGGUACGAGAGGUUUUCCUCGAGGAAUUUGGGCAUUUACUUGCUCAGGAGGCUGUUAAUGAGUGUGCUGACGCGGCCGUUUGUUGGCUUGGACCUGAGUUGAGGCGGUGGCAGGAUGAGGAGGAGAGUUUCCGGACGGCGUGGGAGAAGAAGAGUAAGCUUCAGAAGAAGACCAUUGAUGAGGCGUGGUUGAAACAUGUUCCUGCGCCGCAGAGGAGAUCUAAGGAGCCUUCAAAGCUGUAG